GGGGCCGGACUCCGCCUGCGGCGGCUGGGCGGGCUGGGCGGUGGGCGCGGUUGUCUGGCAGAAAGGAUCCCGCGCCGCCUUGUUCUCCCGUGGGGUGGGGGGCUCUUGCCAGAGAGCAGGGCUGGGAGAAGCUGCCGUGCUGCCCGGGGUCCCCGCGGGUCCCUCCCGAGCAGCGCGUCCGUCAGCCCGGCACUCUGCGUGAGCGUUCCCCCGCCCGAGAGGUUGCUGAGCUUGCCGAGAGCUUGAACAAGAAGAGCUGGACUCUAAGCAGAUCUCAAAAGUUUGCAGCUUUGUAAUUAUAAGUGGACUUUAAAAAGAACAAGAAAAAGAGUGAUCUUACACGGUGAACUGAAGCAUGUUUCUACCACGAUCCGUUAAAGUCAAGAGGACUCCUGAUGAGGACAGAAGUUGUACAGCUAAGAAACAUAAACUGUCUUCUGGAGGAUCUUUGCUAGAGGAGACCACUGAGUUCCAGGACUGUAAGUCAGUUGGAACAGAAACUUCUGCUUCAACAUACAGUUUGAGUGAAACUGUACAAGAACAUACAGAACCCGCAGCUGCAGACCUUGGUGUUGCUAAUACACCUUUGGGAAAGGACAACCAAAAUACUGAUGAAGAUGGUUCUUUGGAAGAACCCAUAAAAUCCUUCAGCAAAUCCCAGCGCUGGGCAGAGCCUGGAGAGCCUGUGUGUGUUGUGUGUGGCCGCUACGGGGAGUAUAUCUGCGAUAAAACAGAUGAAGAUGUUUGUAGUCUGGAAUGUAAAGCCAAACACCUUCUACAAACUCAAGCAAAGGAGAAGCAGCUAAGAUCUGAUCAAUGCACAGAUUCGCAAGCAGAAGCUCACCUGCUUAAUACACCUUAUUUCUACAAAGAUCAUUCCUUUAUUUUAGGUUUGCAAGAUGAGCAAGUUGAGAACCUUAAACUCCAGCUGGGUAUUGCUGUCCAGGGCCAGCAAGUUCCAAGACCUAUUGUAGAGUUUGAACACUGUGGUUUUCCUGAAACUUUAAACAAUAAUUUAAUGAAUUCUGGCUAUGAAGUCCCAACUCCCAUCCAAAUGCAAAUGAUCCCUGUUGGACUGUUAGGGAGGGAUAUUCUGGCUAGUGCUGACACGGGCUCUGGAAAAACAGCAGCUUUCCUGCUUCCUGUUAUUAUGAAGGUUUUGAAAGAGACAGAAACUCCAUCUGCCCUUAUUUUGGCACCAACAAGGGAGUUGGCAAUUCAGAUAGAGAGACAGGCGAAGGAGCUGAUGGCUGGGUUACCCAACAUGAGGACAGUUCUGCUGGUGGGAGGUUUGCCCCUGCCCCCACAGCUGCACCGGCUCAAGCAGAGUGUGAAGGUGAUAAUAGCAACACCUGGAAGACUUCUUGAGAUUUUAAAGCAAAGUUCUGUUCAACUGCACAGUAUAAAAAUUGUUGUGGUGGAUGAAGUGGAUACCAUGUUAAAAAUGGGUUUCCAGCAGCAAGUGUUGGAUAUUUUGGAAGAUAUCUCUCAUGAUCAUCAAACCAUACUGGUGUCAGCCACGAUUCCAGUGGGCAUUGAGCACUUAGCAAAUCAGCUUCUGCACAAUUUUGUAAGAAUAACAAUUGGAGAAAAGAAUCUGCCGUGUUCCAAUGUUCGGCAAAUUAUCUUGUGGAUAGAAGAACCAUCUAAAAAGAAAAAACUGUUUGAAAUACUAAAUGACAAGAAGCUCUUCAAGCCUCCAGUGUUGGUGUUUGUGGACUGUAAACUAGGAGCAGAUCUGUUGAGUGAUGCUGUUCAUAAGAUUACAGGAUUGCAGUGCACAGCUAUGCAUUCUGAAAAGUCUCAAGUGGAAAGAACAGACAUAUUACAGGGAUUACUUCAAGAGAAGUAUGAAGUUAUAGUAAGUACUGGAGUCCUUGGACGAGGGCUUGACCUUGUCAAUGUCAAACUGGUGGUGAAUUUUGAUAUGCCUUCAACUAUGGAUGAAUACGUACAUCAGGUUGGAAGAGCAGGGAGAUUGGGUCACAGUGGAACUGCAAUUACUUUUAUCAAUAACAACAGCAAGAAGCUCUUUUGGGAUGUUGUGAAGAGAGUAAAACCCACAGGCACCAUUCUUCCCCCACAGCUGCUUAAUUCUCCAUAUCUGCAUGACCAGAAAAGAAGGGAACAACAGAGACUUAAACAAUUACAGAGUAGCCUUGUAACAGGAGAUAAUAUUAUGGACAUUAUUAAAAAACACAACAAAAAUAAUUCACAGAGGUAAUAAAGGCAUAUUUAUAGUUAUGUAAUUACAAUAAAGAAUGAUUAAAAAGAAA